AUGAGAACCCAGACGAGGUCAAAACUUAAAAGGGCUCCAGGUGGGGGUUUCGAUGGAUCGAUUACUGAAACUGUUUGGGAGGGGUGGGAGGGGAGGACAGGUCAAGAGCUGAGUCUGGGAGGCCUGAAGGAGUCCGGCUUCAAAUCACCAACCUUUUGGGUUCCUGAGUAUGCGCGUGCGUGGGCGAUUGAUUUUAGCUGUGGAGAAAGGCAUGACCCUGUAUUUUAA